AUGGAUGCUGUCGAGUUAAAGCAGAGAAACAGACGCAAGAAACGCGCCAAGCGUAUGCAGAAGGAUAAGGAAACUACAAUUAAUUCGAAAGACAGCGGAGAUGAGGACUUGGUUAGAGAAAAACCCCCCAGGCCCCCCAACAGGAGGAAAAAAACUAAAGAGCCCCUCUGCGAGGAGGAUCUCAUAGAUGGCUUUUCCAUUCUACAAUUCAAAACAUACGAAGAUCUCGAGCUGGUACUAAAAAUAUCGACAAAGGAUAACAUAAAACGUUUGACUGAUGUAGAGAGGCCAAAACUAGAACCCAAGGCCCAUAUUACCCACCACAUAACUGUACACAACAAUCAUGGGUUGACUUUGAGCCAUGAUCCUGCGACCAGCGACGACAGCGGCCGGGCGUCGGAACGCCUCACCGGGUCGUCGGUCCCUCCAAGGGACGCCGACAGCUCCAGGGACCGCCUGAGCGAUGCCAGCAGUAGAUGUAGCUCAGGCAAAGGAUAUAUCUGUGAUAGCGAGGGCGAGGAUGAUAAGCACCCGCGAUAUGUUGACCCUAAAAAACUUCGCAGCAAAAUCGAGGUAGAAAAACGAGACGAAGAACACGUAGUUGCCAUAAAUUUAACGGCGGAUCGAAAAUGGAGAAGUUCACUUUUUUACGACGCGACAAUUUUGGACGGAAAAGCCAAGAGAACGCUAAGCGUGCGGGUCGAAAGAAUUUUCUGCAAUCGCAAGCUUCAGUCGGCAGCCGACAGAUGGCAUUUAAAGUACAUUCUUUUACCUAUCAUAGUGCGCUUAGACUCUCAAGACCACGAGAGUGCGGGCCAGGAUGGAGUGGUCGAAAAAAAGGAGAAAGAAGGGCACCAGGAGACGGUCGACACACCUUUAACUUCUCCGUCGGACGAUUUGCCGAUACAGGUUGACUGGGACAAGGUUGGCUGGCAAAAACAGACCAAAGCUUGGGAGCUAAGGCUUGGUCUUAAAAGUCUGGCUGAAGCUAGGUCAGAGGCUUGGAUACCAAGACUCGGUUUUGAAAGCCUGACUGGGGCUUGGCCACAGACUUGA